GCGAUGUUAAAACAUCGUCGUGCACUAUAAGUAUAAAACCAAAGCCUAAGAAGUUUUCUUCAAGUUAAUCGAAUUUAAAGUGAAAGAUCUUAACUUGGUAACAAGCAGGACGCAAACAUGAAGACUGCAAUCUUUGGACUUGUGCUUCUACUGGUGGCUUCAACAUUCGCUAUUUCUCUCCCCGGCAUCAUGAUUGGAACGUGUGCAGAGAUGUGUAGCAACAAUCUCAUCAUCAGAGCUGUACGAGGUCUUGGGGGAUGUCCAGACGGCUAUGUGUGUGCAUCCAAUGGAUGUGGACACAGUUGUCAGCCAAUACUACUUGUGAGACGAGACUGCGCUCCCUUGAUGUGUGACAUGUAUUGUACAUUUGGUCUUCAAAUGAUAGACGGAUGUGUUCAGUGUUCAUGCAACCCAGAUCCACUUAUCCCGUAAUUUACCACAUUAAAGAUUGUUUCAACAUGUUUGAUUUUCAAAGACGAAGCUAUAUAUUCAUUUUGUUACUUUGAUUUGCAGAACAAAAUUUGAAUUUAAAGUGUUCAGCCAAAGUUCACGCUCACAUUAAAACUAUUCUAAAUCCAA